AACCCGACCCACGCGCACUUUCAUCUGUCAUGCAGGGCAGCACUACCUGCACCCUGUUUCUGUCAUUGAACUCGAAAGGAUCGACCACCUGUAUCCUUUUCUACUACAUGUGACUCACUUUUAGUCGGACCAAAGGCGCGCCUGGACCCUCGUGCCUAGUAGCCACGCUAGCCGCUCCGCUAACGACCCUCGUGCCGCGAAAGCAGCUUUCAGAGCUCAGCUUUCAGAAAGCAGAUUCCAGAAAGCAGCCUUCCGAGCGCAGCUAGAUCUGCCGAUAUAAAUGUCUCCGCAUUUUGGUAACCCGCCGGCAGCAGCGAGCAGUCGCACAGCGGCGUCGCAAAGCGGAGCGAAGCCUGGUAACCACGAUUCGCCUCCAACCAUCAAGCACUUCGGCGCAAAAUCCGCGAAGAGCCCUGGGCCUGUGGUAACCCCAAGCAAGCCUCCGUUACAGGAUCACGCACCGCCGAGCCGCGCUCACCCGGAAUGCCGCAAGCCCUGCCAGCAGAGGUUCCUUCAUUGCCUCGAGGAGAUUAAGGAGGCCGAAACCACCCGCGCCGCGCUACCUCUCAGGCUGUCAUCUGUCCCAUCUUCACCAGCGGUCGCGGGUUACGAUCAAGGGGCCUUAAACACGUCGCCGGGCGGCGCGAGCUGUCGCUCGUUGUCCCCGUCAUCGUCGCCUGCGACGGAGUUUGCGACAAAACUGAGCAUCUCCAGGCCCGCGGGCGACGUCACGUGGAGCGCUGAACCAUCGCCGUCCUUUCGCUGCUCUUCUUCCGUCCACGUCGCGACAUCGCCAUCGGCUCGCUACGGUUACCCCGAGUCGUUACCUUUUCGUCGCUCGACGACGUCGCCCGCUUCGUCGCCCGGGUUGUCGCCGGGCAACUCUCAGUCGCUUAUCUCCAGCGAAUCGUCAUAUUUAGCGCCGGCGCCGCCGCCCGCGCCGCUCGCGCCGACGUUCUCGCUUCCCACCUACGCGUCGUACACCGCGUCGAAUCCGUCGUCGUCGGUCUGCCCGUCCGCAUUCCCCGCGUCGCACGCGUCGCAACCCUCAAGGUCGCCGUCGUCGUCGUCCGCCACCUCCUUCCCGUCCUCGUUGUCGCAUGAUCCCUCCUUCCUCGCAUCCUCGUCGCACCCUUCCGCGCCGUCCUCGUCCGACGGAGAGGAUCUCGGGCCCUCCGCCUGCCCGUACCAGGCCAGCCUCUUCUCCGCCUACGCGCCCUUCUCCGCGUCGGUCAACGGAGCGGUCAACGUGGGGGAGGUCAACGCGGGGGUCAACGCGGCGCGUCAACCGGCGCUGGAGAGGACGCGGUCGGGAGGGGCGGGAGCGCAGGGGAAUGGCAGGGGAAACACUGGCAGCAGCGGGAAUGGCCCGUUUUCUGGGGUGGCGGACGAUGGCGCCGCGGCGGGUGCGCCGAGGAUAUGCAGCCGGGAGCUGCUGACGACUAUUGUUACAACGCACGACAUUUUUGCUCGCGACAUGACCCCGAACGGCAGCCAGGUGGCGGACUACCUGCUGUCGCAGCUGCUGCACCUGACGCAGUCCACGGCGGGCUGCAUCUCCAGCGCGUUGCCCCGCAGCAGUAAAGACCCGUCGCUCUUCCUAAGGACGCACAGCAUCACCAACUUCGCGUGGACGCCGUACCUCAAGGCGUGGUACGCGGAGAACGCCGCCUCGGGAUUGGUCUUCAGCAACCAGCGCACACUCAUGGCGCGGGUGGUUAACACCGCUGACGUCAUCGUCAGUAACGACGUGGCGUCGGACCCGCGAGGCGCGGGAUUGCCGCCCGGACACCCGCCCAUGACGACAUUCCUCGGCGUGCCGCUCUUCUCAGGCUCGCGCCUCGUGGGAAUGUUCGCAGUGACCAAUCGCGUGGGGGGCUACAGCGAAGCGAUGGUGACCGAGCUGCACGCGCUGACCAAGACAGUGGGGCAGGUUGUAACGGGGAUACAGCAGCGGCGGCAGCGGUGGGAGAGAGAAGAGCGGUUGAAUGCGGUGCUGGAGGGAACCUGCCAGGCGGUGCUGGCAGUUGCGCCGUCUGGGCGGCUGUCCUGUGUCAACCGCGCUGCUCGAGGCGUCUUCGGAGUUCCGGAUCAGGCUGCAGCGCGCCAAGCAUCAUCAGCGGGUGUUGCUGCGGGUGCGGGAGGGAGAGGAGCAGCAGCAGCAGCAGCAGCAGCAGUAGGGAAUGGAGUAACGUCGUCCUCGGGCCAGCCGCUAGCCAGUCUAUGUGACUUUGACUUGCUGCUAUCAGAUCUGAUCGAGAGCAUUGAUGGGAAUACCGAGUUCUUGGAACGGGAUUGGCUGGAGCGAUAUGCAGAAUCGGGCGAGUCCUUUCCUGCCAUAGGGCUGUACCAUGGAGAGGGUAACAGCUGUAACCACAGGAGCUCCCAAGGUACCACCCAUCGCGACACGUCAGCAGCAGCUGUCAGAAUGAACCUUCAUGUGAGAGUGACACGUGGCGAGACGCCACAGGUGGCACAUGUGCUGACAGUGCAGGCUGCGAAUGAGGUGGAAGGAGCGGCAGCGAGGGGUACCCACGCGCUAUCCGAUCGCCACUGCAUGUACGGCCAAGUAGCUUGUUCGCGCGCGGAAGGGGAUUGGCGACGAGCCGCUGCAGGCAAUGGGGUGGGGGGAGGUGAGGAGGGAGAGGGUGGGGAGGAUGUCAGGGAGUGCCAGCUGCUCAUGUCGGAUGAAGACGGCACGCUCACCAUAGUCGUGUGAGGUGUUACGGUAUUUGCAAGGUGUGGCAAUAAGGUGGGUAAUGUCUGCCGCCCAUGUCUGGAAAAGUUGGAUUGGGCCGCUCAGCUCACGUGAGGGCCAUGACAGUAGUCAGAUCUGACUCUCUCCCGACGGUAUGGUUUGCUCAUUAACUGUUUGUGACCCUCAUUAGCAUCAGAAGGUGUACCAGUAGGAUUAUAGCAGCAAUGCCUGUUUAUGCGCCCUGCUCGGGUGGCCAGCUGAAGCAGCAGCUUGCAGCACAGCCAUUUUUGUCCACUGGGUUUUCAAUAUCACAAUUUUUGCUCCCCCGUUAGCAGCGUACGGUUCGAGUGUCAAUCUUGAAAGAG